GAUAUGUAAAUGAGCAGAGCAAAUGAAACUCACUUUUGACGACCUGAUGAUCAUCCAGACUGUGUUUCUAUUGAGAGAUAAAAGGCUGGUUGAAUGAGUUGUCUAUGAAAGCUACUUCAUCUGUAAGAAAACAGGCGUCUGCACCAGUGACUGGGUCAGUGCUCUAAAAUGAGUCUCUCUGGGGAGAGAAAGGAGGGGGGACCUGCCUCUAAAAUGAGUCUCUCUGGGGAGAGAGAGGAGGGGGGCCCUGCCUCUAAAAUGAGUCUCUCUGGGGAGAGAAAGGAGGGGGGCCCUGCCUCUAAAAUGAGUCUCUCUGGGGAGAGAAAGGAGGGGGGCCCUGCUUCUAAAAUGAGACUCUCUGGGGAACAUGACACCAAAGCUAAGAGUCCAAUCAAGCAGAAGAGACCAGCCUCCCCUGUUCCCAGCUGUGUGUCCAUGAAGAGUGACUGGUCUAUGGAUCGUCCUAUAGUGUUUAGAGAGGGAGACUUUUCUACUGAACAAAGUCACAAGGACAACGUAGCACGUCCUGUGAACACGUCAGGGUUCCAUAGCCGGAGGCAGACCAGCAGGAACUGGAUCAGCAGCACAACAAGUCCAAUCAAGCAGGAGAGACCAGCCUCCCCUGUUCCCAGCUGUGUGUCCAUGAAGAGUGACUGGUCUAUGGAACCUCCUAUAUACUUUAGAGAGGGAGACUCUACUGAACAAAGACCAAUCCAGCAGGAGAGACCAGCCUCCCCUGUUCCCAGCUGUGUGUCCAUGAAGAGUGACAAGUCUAUGGAACCUCCUAUAAAUCAUCAAACAGACCUGGCCUCCAUAUUCAGUUUGCUUGAAGAGAAAAUGAUGACAUUUGUGAAGAACGAGCUGAAGAUGUUCAAGAGGAUUCUUAGUCCAGAACUCCCAGAAGGCUUUGAGAGUCAGAAGCAGGAUAAGGAAGUACUGGAUGCUGAAGAUGAGCAGCAGGAGAGCAGUGCCAGAGAGGGGGCUCUGAAGAUCACACUGCACAUCCUGAGGAAAAUGAACCAGAAGGAGCUUGCUGACACACUGGAGAAAUAUUCAGAUGAGCUCGCUGUGAUUUGCCAACGUGAACUCAAAUCUAAUCUAAAGAAGAAGUUUCAAUGUGUAUUUGAGGGGAUCGCUAAACAAGGAAACCCAACACUUCUCAAUAAGAUCUACACAGAGCUCUACAUCACAGAGGGUGGAACAGGAGAGGUCAAUAAUGAACAUGAGCUGAGACAGAUUGAGACAACAACCAGGAAACAAGCAAGACCAGAGACUGCAAUCAAAUGUAACGACAUCUUCAAACCCUUAACUGGACAAGACAAACUUAUCAGAACUGUGCUGACAAAGGGAGUCGCUGGCAUUGGAAAAACAGUUGCUGUGCAGAAAUUCAUUCUGGACUGGGCUGAAGGAAAAGCAAAUCAGGAUGUCCAAUUUGUAUUUUCAUUCCCUUUCCGGGAGCUGAAUUUGAUGAAAGAGGACAAACACACUUUUAUUGAACUUCGUAAUCACUUCUCAAUGGAGACCAAACAAUCAAGAAUCUCCAACCUCGACAAGUACAAAGUGCUGUUCAUCUUUGAUGGUCUGGAUGAGUGCCGACUGCCCCUAGACUUCCAGAAGAACAAGAUAUGUUGUGACGUCACAGAGUCAACCUCAGUGGAUGUUCUGCUGACAAAUCUCAUCAAGGGAAAUCUGCUUCCCUCUGCUCUCCUCUGGAUAACUACCCGACCUGCAGCAGCCAAUAAGAUCCCUUCAGGGUGUGUUGACCAGGUGACAGAGGUACGAGGGUUCAAUGACCCACAGAAGGAGGAGUACUUCAGGAAGAGAUUCAGUGAUGAGGACCUGGCCAGCAGAAUCAUCUCACACAUAAAGACAUCAAGGAGCCUCCACAUCAUGUGCCACGUUCCAGUCUUCUGUUGGAUUUCUGCAACAGUCCUUGAACAAAUGCUGAAACACAAGAGAGAAGAGAUGCCCAAGACUCUGACUGAGAUGUACACACACCUUGUGAUGUUUCAUACCAAACAGAAGAAUGAAAAGUAUCUUGGGAAAGAAGAGACAGGUCCACACUGGAAUAAAGAGAGCAUUCUGUCACUGGGAAAACUGGCUUUUCAACAGCUUGUGAAUGGCAAUCUGAUUUUCUAUGAAGAAGACCUGAAAGAGGCUGGCAUUGAUGUCAAUGAAGCCUCAGUGUACUCAGGAUUGUGCACACAGCUCUUUAAAGAGGAAUGUGGGCUGUACCAGGACAAGGUGUACUGCUUUGUUCAUCUGAGCAUUCAGGAGUUUCUGGCUGCUGUAUAUGUGUGCCUCUCAUUCAUCAACAACAAUGAGAAUGUAAUGGCUGAACUGCAAUCAACAUCCAGGAACUUUUCUGUGAGGAUCAAACAAAGGCGUAAAGUUACUUUCUACAGGAGUGCUGUGGAUAAAGCCUUACAAAGUGAGACGGGAAACCUGGACCUUUUCCUCCGCUUCCUUCUGGGCCUCUCACUGGAGUCCAAUCAGAAGCACUUACGAGGUCUACUGACAAAGACAAGAAGCAGCUCACAGAGCCAUGAAGAAACAGUCAAGUACAUCAAGAAGAAGAUCAGGAAGAAUCUCUCUCCAGAGAGGAGCAUCAAUCUGUUCCACUGUCUGAAUGAACUGAAUGACCAUUCUCUAGUGGAGGAGAUCCAAAGAUACCUGAGAUCAGGAAGUCUCUCAAAACCCAACCUGUCACCUGCACAGUGGUCAGCUCUGGUCUUUGUGUUGCUGACUUCAGAAAAGGAGCUGGAUGUGUUUGACCUGAAGAAAUACUCCAGAUCAGAGGAAGGUCUUCUGAGGCUGCUGCCAGUGGUCAAAGCCUCCAGAGCUGCUCUGUGAGUAAAUAACAUGACAUAUAAGAACUAAUCAUCAGGAAGAAAUAUU